AUGGAUCCUUCACAGAGGAAUCUCUACAAAGGUGUGAUGCUGGAGACUUAUAUGAACCUCACUGCUAUAGGCUACAACUGGGAAAAUCUUGAAGUUGAAGAACAUUGUCAAAGUUCUCAAAAACAUGGAAGGCAUGAAAGAAGUCAUACUACAGAGAAAUCAUAUGAAUAUAUUGAGUGUGGUAAAUCCUUUGAAUAUCAUAGUCAUCCUCAAAGGCAUGAAAAAACACAUACUGGAGAGAAACCCUAUGAAUAUAAUCAUUAUGGUAAAGCCUUUGCACACCCCACUCAUCUUCAAGUACAUAAAAGAACACAUACCAGAGAGAAACCCUAUGAAUGUAAUCAAUGUGGUAAAGCCUUUACACAGCCAUAUAAUCUUCAAAUACACAAAAGAACACAUACAGGAGAGAAACCCUAUAAAUGUAAUCGGUGUGGUAAAGCCUUUGUUCAACACAGUGCUCUUUAUCUGCAUGCAAGAACACAUACUGGAGAGAAACCCUAUGAAUGUAAACAGUGUGGUAAAGCCUUUGCUCAUAACAGUUCUCUGCAAAGGCAUAAAAGAACACAUACUGGAGAGAAACCCCAUGAAUGUAAUCAGUGUGGUAAAGCCUUUGCUCAACACAGUGCUCUUCAAAGUCAUGAAAGAACACAUACUGGAGAGAAACCCUAUGAAUGUAAACAAUGUGGUAAAGCUUUUGUACAUUUCAGUUAUCUUCAAGUACAUAAAAGAACACAUACUGGAGAGAAACCCUAUGAAUGUGCUCAAUGUGGUAAAGCUUUUGUACAAUCCAGUCAUCUUCAAGUACAUAAAAGAACACAUACUGGAGAGAAACCCUAUGAAUGUAAUCAAUGUGGUAAAGCCUUUACACAGCCAUGUAAUCUUCAAGUACACAAAAGAACACAUACAGGAGAGAAACCCUAUAAAUGUUAUCAAUGUGGUAAGGCCUUUGCUCAACAUAGUGCUCUUCAAUUGAAUCAAACAACACAUACUGGAGAGAAACUGUAUAAAUGUAAUCAGUGUGGUAAAGCCUUUGCUCGACAGAGUGAUCUUCAAAGGCAUGAAAGAACACAUACUGGAGAGAAACCCCAUGAAUGUAAUCAGUGUGGUAAAGCCUUUGCUCAACACAGUGAUCUUCAAAGGCAUGAAAGAACACAUACUGGAGAGAAACCCUAUGAAUGCAAUCAAUGUGGUAAAGCCUUUACACAGUCAUAUAAUCUUCAAGUACACAAAAGAACAUAUACAGGAGAGAAACCCUAUAAAUGUAAUCAGUGUGGUAAAGCCUUUGCUUGUCACUAUCACCUUCAAAGGCAUGAAAGAAUACAUACUGGAGAGAAACACUAUGAAUGUAAACAAUGCGGUAAAACCUUUGCACAGCCUAGUUAUCUUCAAGUACAUAAAAGAACACACAUGGGAGAAAAACCCUAUGAAUGUAAACAAUGUGUUAAAGCCCUUGUAUGUAAUAGUGAUCUUCAAAGGCAUUCAAAAACACAUACUGGAGGGAAACUCUAUGAAUAG